UGACUUCCGCAUGUUUUUUGUUUUUGCAGGGAAGCAUCAAGCAUGGCAGGAGGAGAACCGUGGAACAGAGUAAACAUUACCUUUCCAGGUGCAGUUUCUCUUGUCAGAGUACAUUUCAGCUCAACUACAGAUGCAAGUGUUAAAGCCCUGUUGCUGGAAAAUGAGAAGGUGCUGAAGCUGAUUCAGAGUACGCUUCUUCAAACGGAGGUGCGAGUUCUCUACGAGCUGCUGUACUUCCUGAAUAACAGCUUCAGAGGCAACAAGACGUUGAAAGGCUUGAAGCAGGUUGAACAAUGCAUAAACAGGCUGAAGAGCAUGAAGCUUGAUGAUGCUCUUCAGGAGCUGAAAGAGAUGUGUCCCAACAGAAUUCAAAGAGGACUGAGCAUCAAGGCUGGUGAGUGUGACGUUCCCAGUCAGCCCAUGCUGGAGUGGCAGUGUCUCAAAGUGCUGGGAGCCGCCCAGCUGAUGAGCUGCACAUUGAAUCGCUGCAGCAGAGCUUUCUCACUCUCGAAGCAGCAUCUGAAUUUGAAGGAGUUUGUUGUCUUGAAUGUGGUGAUAACCAGCAUGCUCAGUCGUCUCUGGGUGAUUUUCCGCGGUAUCCUGGUCAGCCUGUCCACUCUGUACCAGCAGCUCCUGGAGCUCCUCGGAGAAGUAUCAAACGCCCGGCCCAUGCCCUUCCUCACAGACUUCUCCCUGCCAGCAGAUAUGACUCAGUUCCUGGGUCCUUCUGAUGCAUCUUUCCUGACCAAAAAGCUAGCACACGGUCCCGCUGCCAAAGACCACAAGGAGAAGCAGCAGCAGAGGAAGAAAUCUUCUGUUAAAGUCAAGAACCAGAGAAGGACGAGGAAGGUUAAAGAAGAUAUGGGAGUUGCUGUUGAAAGAGGAUUAGGUCUUGACACUGACAAGCCUUUCCUCAAAGCUUUCAGGGACUUAACCAAGGGCAAAUCGUUCCGGCAGAAAACACACAAGGCUGACGAGAAACAAAAGUUCAAGAAACAAGUGAGAGAGGCCGCGACUUUCACAGACAUGGCAACGCAUCUAGAAGAAAUAAUCCUGUGGUGUAAAUCCCAGAAGAUGGAAAAGGAAAAACGUCUUUUAAGCUUCCUGCAUUUAAAGUGCAAGAGGUUGAAAGGCCUCGAUGCAGCAGGAUACAACGUCCAGAGGAAGCUCCGGGCCUUCAGACAGGAAGCUUGCCGGGCUUUAUCUCCUCACGCAUCAGCACCAAGAACCUGUCAGUCUUCUGCUGCAGCGAGGAGACGCGCUCGCUGGAGAAAGCGUUCUCGGUUACUCAGGAGUCGAUUGAAGGAGAAGAAGAGACAAAGGAAGAGGACUGAGUUAUCAGAGUCUGGACUGUCGGGGGACGACCAGAUAAACAGGCCGACAUCUCAGACCACCAGCCAGGACGACAUUGAUGAUAUAUUCGCCUCUGUAGGUUUGUGACACUUUGGACUUAGACACAUCCAAGGAAACGCAUUAGUGAAUGCAGCUGAGCUCAGUAUAUGACACAUACCUCUGUUUUGAAAGGAAGAUGGAAUUUGAUGCAAAGUUAAAACUGAUGAUUGGACAUUGUAUGAAGUGCUAAACGGCAGCAGUCACUUUUAAAGUAAGUGUGAUGAUUUUUAGCCUGUAUUGGAUAGGACAGUAUAGAGGCACACAGGAAACAAGGAGAGAGAGAGAGAGAGAGAGAGAGAGAGAGAGGGGGGAUAUGACCAAGCCCCCAGGAAGAGCGCCGGUCGUUGAUCCCAACUUUCGUAGUGGUCAAACAGCGGUACUACAACUUCAGUGUCCGUCAUGUGAUGCCAUUGGACCCAAAAAUACUUUUUCCCAUAGAUUUACAUUGGGAAAGAGACAUCUGUAACUCAGCGGAUACUUUUUUUUGACUACCAGGACGCCCGAGGUGAUGAUAUUUAAUGCUGUGACAUAUUUUGGAUUUUUUUUUAAUCUGAAUGGGGAAUUUUAAGAGUUUUUAUGGCUCAAACCUUCACUGCAGUUUAAUUUUGGAUUUUAGCCAUACCAUUGACUGAAAAAUGUAGAUUCAACUCUUGUUUAGUGUAUUAGAUAUUGAAUAAUAAGGUAUUUAAACUAGGGCUGUCAAAGUUAAUGAAAUUUGUUGUUGUUGCCUGUUGGGCUUGAGUUUUCCAUAUAAUGGAUUUGAGAAUAUUUUUUAUGCUAAAUGCCAUACC